UUGGGGGUACUUCCAACAAACAGUAGAUGCCUGCAAUCUUUCUGGUCUCCAACGCAAGGAAAAGUGUGAGAAAAAAGUAGAAGGAAAAACUUUCCCUUCUACCAAACAAAAGAAACGUUACUAAAAGCAUAGGAAAGUGGAAAACUCAGAAAAUAUUUUCCCUUUUGGAUUCCCACACUUCGUUCAAACUUUGAUCUCCCAUCUCAUUGCCUUCUAAAAAGUCCCAGCUCUGCUUUUUCUUCAAAUUUUCAAAACCCCCAAAAUCCAAUUCUCUCUCUGUCUCUAUCAUAAGAGUGUGUUUGUUAAGGUAUUUUGGCUUUAUUAUUGUUUUUUUUUUUAUUAUAAAAAUUCUGGCUUUAUUGUUAAAGGCUAUAAUUUGGGUUUUGGUAGCCUUUGAGGUAAAGAUCUUUGGUUAACUGUUAGAUGUUGGUGGCUAAUUGGUAGUUUCUAAUUUGGUUUUUUAUUUAAAAUUAUUUUCUUUUUAACAAAGACCAUUUACUUAAUUGUUUUAACACCAAAACUUAGUUGAUCUUCAAUUUUUUUUUCUUUUGUGGAAUAGAAUCGACCAGGAUUUUUUCAUUUUUACUGUGAAGCCCCCUUUUUUUGUGUAAAUUCUUGGUUGUCCCAGCUUGUUAUAAGAUACCCAUAUUGAAAAUAUAGUGAAUGAUUGUUUCUGGAAUUUUGUUUGCUUGUAUUAAAUGUUUACAACAGAAACUUUGUUGCUUGGUGAGGUAGGAAGGGGUUUUCUUUUUUCAUUUACUAAAUAGGAUUAGUGUGACUGUUUUUCCUCUUUUUACUUCUGUGUUUCUCCCUUUUUUUGAAGGAUUUUUUGUUGGUUUAUUUUUAUUUUUUGAGUUUUUGAGAAAAGACCCUAUUUGGCUACUGUGGAGAUCUGGGACUUGUUUAAUCUGUUAUGCCCAAUGAGGGCUUUCCUUCCAUCUGAUUUAUGUAAAGAAACACAGCUCAAUGCCAUUAAUCCUCAGUCUUGGCUCCAAGUUGAAAGAGGGAAAAUUUCCAAACUAUCAUCUUCAUGUACCACCACCUCUUCAUCCAUAGAAUCAUUUAUCAAGGUUCCUGAGCCACCCAUAGUGCCAUUCUUUAAACCUGUUGAUUAUGUAGAGGUCUUAGCUCAAAUUCAUGAAGAACUCGAAUCUUGUUCUUUGCAAGAGAGAUCGAAUCUGUAUUUAUUACAAUUUCAGAUCUUUAGAGGGCUUGGGGAAACCAAAUUGAUGCGGAGAAGCCUCCGGUCUGCUUGGCAGAAGGCUGGGACGGUCCAUGAGAGGCUUGUGUUUGGGGCAUGGUUGAAGUAUGAGAAGCAAGGGGAAGAACUUAUUGUUGACUUGCUUGCAACUUGCAAUAAAUGUGCACAAGAGUUUGGACCGAUGGAUGUUGCUUCUCAGUUUCCGGUUGAGGUAGAUGGGGCUUCGCAGGAGACCGUUGUGACAGACGGGGAAAAGAGCCUGAAAAAUGUGAACUUUUGGAUAGGAGAUGAGAAAAUAGUUUGCCGUAGGCAGAAAAUAGCUUCUCUUUCUGCCCCCUUUCAUGCUAUGCUUAAUGGUUACUUCAAUGAAUCGCUUUGCGAGGACAUAGAUUUAUCAGAAAACAAUAUCUCUCCAUUGGGGUUGAGGACCAUCAGUGUGUUCAGCGUGACGGGCUGCCUGAGUGAUGUCCCACCUGAUCUUUUGUUAGAAAUAUUAGUUUUUGCAAACAAGUUUUGUUGUGAGAGACUCAAAGACGCUUGUGAUAGGAAACUCGCAUCUUCAGUUUGCACCAAAGAUGAUGCUGUGGAGCUUAUGGAAUAUGCCAUUGAAGAGAAUUCUCCUGUACUUGCUGCAUCAUGUUUGCAAGUUUUUCUACACGAACUGCCUGAUUGUUUGAAUGAUGAAAGAGUAGUGGAAAUAUUUAGCCAUGCCGAUAGACAACAGAGAUUGAUCAUGGCUGGACAGGCCACUUUUUCUCUUUACUGUUUAUUAAGUGAAGUAGCCAUGAACCUCGAUCCUCGAUCUGAUAAAACUGUUUGUUUCCUAGAACAAUUGAUUGAAUCUGCUGAAACCGACAGGCAGAGACUGUUAGCUUUUCAUCAGUUGGGAUGUGUAAGGCUUCUGAGGAAAGAGUAUGAUGAAGCUGAAAGUCUUUUUGAGAGAGCUGUAGGUUUAGGUCAUGUUUACUCUAUUGCAGGUUUGGCUAGAUUGGGUUACAUUAAGGGUCAUAAACUUUGGUCUUACGAGAAGCUUAGCUCGGUGAUUUCUUCUGUUAAUCCACUAGGAUGGAUGUAUCAGGAGAGGUCAUUAUAUUGUGAGGGUGAUAAGAGGUGGGAAGACCUCGAGAAAGCAACCGAACUGGACCCAACUCUUACCUACCCUUACAUGUAUCGGGCUGCUUCCCUAAUGAUGAAACAGAAUGUUCAAGCUGCUCUUGGUGAGAUCAACCGAGUUCUUGGGUUUAAACUUGCUCUAGAAUGCUUGGAACUCCGAUUUUGUCUUUAUUUGGCUAAUGAGGAUUACAAAGCAGCCUUGUGCGAUGUUCAGGUAAUUCUAACACUUUCCCCAGAUUACAGAAUGUUCGAGGGACGAGUGGCAGCGUCCCAGCUCCGCACACUUGUGCGUGAGCAUGUUGACAACUGGACAACAGCAGAUUGUUGGAUGCAGCUAUAUGAUAGGUGGUCUUCUGUAGAUGAUAUAGGAUCUCUCUCUGUAAUCUAUCAAAUGCUUGAAUCCGGUGAGGCGAAAGGUGUUUUAUACUUCCGACAAUCAUUACUUCUCCUCAGGUUAAAUUGUCCUGAUGUGGCUAUGCGAAGUCUAGAAUUAGCUUGUCAACAUGCGUCUAGUGAACAUGAACGCCUGGUUUACGAGGGAUGGAUCCUAUAUGAUACCGGUCACUGUGAGGAAGGGCUUCGAAAAGCGGAAGAGUCUAUUAGAACCAAGAGAUCAUUUGAAGCCUUCUUCCUUAAAGCUUAUGCAUUGGCUGACUCUAGCAUGGAUUUUGCAUGUUCUUCAACAGUUAUCUCACUGCUUGAAAACGCCUUGAAAUGCCCCUCGGAUAAUCUUCGGAAAGGUCAAGCUCUGAACAAUCUUGGAAGUGUGUACGUUGAUUGUGGAAAAUUGUACUUAGCAGCCGAUUGCUACAUUAAUGCCCUUAAAAUACGACACACCAGAGCCCAUCAAGGCCUUGCACGAGUACAUUUUCUCAGAAAUGAGAAGGCUGCAGCAUACGAGGAAAUGACUAAACUGAUUGAAAAGGCUAAAAACAAUGCAUCUGCCUACGAAAAGAGGUCCGAGUACUGUGACCGUGACCUCACCAAGGCAGACCUUGAGAUGGUCACUCAAUUAGAUCCACUCCGUGUGUAUCCUUACCGAUACCGAGCUGCGGUGUUAAUGGACAGCUCCAAGGAGAAGGAAGCCAUUGGUGAACUAUCGAGAGCUAUUGCAUUCAAAGCAGAUCUUCACCUUCUUCAUCUACGGGCAGCCUUCCAUGAGCAUGUCGGUGACGUCUUGGCUGCCCUCCGAGAUUGUCGAGCCGCCCUCUCCAUAGACCCGAAUCAUCAAGAAAUGUUAGAACUACACAGCCGUGUAAACAGCCAUGAACCUUAAAUCUCUCUUCGUCCUUUUUUGAUUUCUUUUCUUUUCUUAGGUUUAAAUGUAAAAUGGGGAAAAAAGGAAGAAAUAAAUGAUAACAUAAAAGGGUUGGGGUUGGGGAGGAAGAGAUUUUGAGAAAGUAUACAUAGCAAAGUGUGGGUAUCAUUGUUCCUUCUGUAAUUUAUCCUGUUUUUAAGAGUUUAUGGUUAUGAAAUUUUACAAUGCCUGGUUGGCCCUCUCUGCUAGAAUGUAACUUUAUAUUGUGGAUAUACAAAUUCAUUUGUUAAGGGUA